CUCGACCAGAGUAUCAUUUAGGUUCUAAAGAUGACUCCAUUCUGGACAAUUAUUUUAUUUCUUAACAUAUUAUCUCAAGUCCAAUCUGUGGAUUUUUCCAGACCAUCAUUUCUGUCUGUGACAUCUGGAAAAUGUGUUAUUCUUUAUUGUCCAUUUGGAGACUAUCGUAGCGCUGAAAAUGUGGUCUGGUACAAACAAAUACUCGGAGAAAUGCCACAAAAAGUGGGAGAAAAAAUAUUAUAUACUGAUUUCAAAAUUUUCUCAGAAUUCAACAUGUCAGGAUUUAAAAUGGAGAUGGCUGAUGAUGGCAUUUCUCUGACAAUUCCACAUAUAAAGAAACAUCAUGGAGGACUUUACUACUGUGAAAAAUCUACCUUGCAUGAUGUUACGUUAUCCAAUGGAACUUUCUUGAAAGUAACAGAAGAUGAAGAUGUAAAAGUGUCAGUGAACCAGAGCAGUGUUUUGGACUCGGUUCCUGCAGGAGCAGCAGUGACUCUGCAGUGUUCGGUUCUCUCUGAGAGCAGAGCAGCAGAACUCCAAGUGCUCUGGUUCAGAGCUGCUCCAUCACAAUCCCAUCCUCAACUCAUUUACACUCAUCACAACAGCAGCCUUCAGUGUGAGAGCGAAUCUUCUACACACACCUGUGUGUACAACUUGUCCAAGAACAUCUUCAGCCUCAAUGAUACUGGUACUUACUACUGCGCUGUGGUCCUGUGUGGGAAGAUCAUUUUCGGGAACGCACGAGUACAACUGGAGAACCAUCUAAAAUCUGGUUGGUACAAAGUUUGUUAG